CGAUGUUCUCGAGCCACUUAGGCAAUCUGUUGCUACCUUGCGUUCCUUUUAGACAUGCGGCCAGCACCACCAAGUAACACUGCCUCAUCGUGGUUGUCUACAUAACUUGACCUUAACGACUGUACUUCUAGUAAUGGACCGUAUGAGGCGAAAUAUUUCGGAAGCAAAUACAAAGUCACGAAAGAAUAACCGAAGAGACUAGUAGAUCACCGUAAAGAUCUAUUUUAAUAUAGAUUUCGCAACUAUCGUUUUAUUUGCUUGAUCUUCCAUGAAUUUCGAAGCUUUUAAAUUGUGUGACAAUUCAACACUACCCCACAUCCACAACCGUACCCACAGGAAUACUCACUACUUCGAGAAUGGCCGUUAAAAAAAUAUAGCUGAAUCGAAAACAUCUGUGAAUAAUGCCAAAAUAUUGCAAUGCAGUCGUGAGUGCAUCGUGAUGAGUGUCGGCGUGUGAAAGAUUUUUCUACACCCAUUUAAUUAAUUUUGCCAUUAGAAUCAGUAAGAAUUUAAAGCUGUACUUGAGUAAAAAUUGUGUUCUAUUUUCAUUAUUUGAUUACUUGUAUGAUAGGUAGAAUAUGGUAAGUUGUUUGCUAAUCUGUUACUUUCUAUAAUGACAAAAUCAUAUUUGGAUAUCAUCCAUUCAUAGGAAAACUUUACAGAAAGUGUUUCCUCGUAUCUUUGAUAAAAUAUCAUAAAAAAGACAAAUCUAUGUCGUUUAAGAACAAAUAUAAACAAAAAAUUGCUAGGUUGACUGAAUACGCACGGUGGAGAAAGAAAACAGUCUACAAAAAUAGUACACUGUAUUGCGUGCUAUCAUUGCGCGAUGAAUAUUAUUUUGAGACUUAUUCUUUCUGCAAGUGGUUAUUUCUAACUCUUUCGGUAAUAGAUCAUGGUUAUCUGCAAGGAACAAAAUAGUUUCAUUUUGUUGCUGUCAACGAACUACAUGAUUAUAUUCUAUAUAUAUAUGUACAUAUAUAUAUAUCGUAUCUGUAGUAUAGAUAUUAUCCUCGUUUUUUCCGGAUAUUUAUAUACACAAAUAAUCUUGUACUUUCCAAACAAAUAAUUUUUUUUAGAUUGAAUCAUGAAUAAAUUAUAUCUCGUCAUUAGUAUUAUUUACUUUAUUUCUUUCAAUGGUAAUUGCAUUCAAUACAACCCGUUUAUUUCUUUUCUGCUAUUUCAAUAUUUAUCUUUUUCUUUAGAUGGAGCGAAGCUUUCCAAAGAUAAUCAAAAUAUUAUUUUAACUGGCCGUGUUACAUUUCCUGGAGGUUCAUCUACACCUGUUGAACCAGAUGGGAAAUUAACAGUAGAAUUACAAGAUACAUCACUUAUGGAUGCACCAGCUAAAUUUAUUGCACGUGGAACCAGUAAAGUUACUAAAUUUCCAGUAGCAUUCGGAAUGAAAUAUUCGUCAAGUCAAAUCAUUCCUGGACACACAUACUCGUUAGAUGCCAGUAUUAAAAAUAAAAAGGGCGAAUUACUAUACACCAAUGAUGUUCAAAUUCUAGUAACACCGCUUAGUGUUAGCCGUAAAAAACCAAUUGAAGUACCUGUUAUCCUUGUUAAAAAAACAAAGUCAAAAACAUCUGGUAAAAGUCUAUGGCCUGAAUUAGUUGGUAAAAAGGGCGAAGAAGCUGUUCAAAUUAUUAAAAAAGAAACAGGCUUUAAAAAUGUAGAAAUAAUUAAAGAAGGAACACCGGUAACACUGGAUUAUCGUACGAAUCGAGUACGUGUUCAUGUCAACAAGGAAGGUAUCGUGGCAACGGCUCCGAUGGUUGCUUAA